AUGAAGCAAUUACUAUUCCUGCCUAUCCUCCUCUCCGCGAAUGCGAGCCCUAUCCCCCUUUUCCCUGGGGGUCUUCCAGAUCUUCUCGGUCCUUUAUUCCCUGGCCUGAUUGAUCCUGAUGACGGUUCAGAUAUAGUCCCUGACCCAGGCUCAGGUUCAGGUUCAGGUUCAGCCAUCCCAACCCUAGAAGGAUACGUCUUGACUUGGAACGACGAAUUCACCAACACCAACACCAACGACAUCGCCAACGACAAUGACAGUCACCUCCCCAGCUCCAACUGGCUCUUCGACAUGGGAACCUCGUACCCGGCCGGCGCCUCAAACUGGGGAAAUAACGAACUCCAAACAUACACCACCUCGCCCUCAAACAUCCGCAUCACCGAAUCCCACACACUACAAAUAACACCACGCUUCGAAGAAAACCCCGACACCCACACUGAACCCGGAGAAGCUGGCGGUGGAGGCCACUGGACAAGCGCGCGAAUCGAAACCGCCAACUCCACAUUCCAGGCCCCCCCAGGAGAGAAGCUCUACAUCGAGUCCCGGCUCCGAACAGGAUGCGCCCCACCAGAGCAGCAGCACGGGAUCUGGCCUGCAUUCUGGGCCUUGGGGGCGUCGUUCCGCGACGAUCCAACGUUCUGGCCGAUGGCCAGCGAGUGGGAUAUUGUCGAGGUUGUGAAUGGGGAGCCGGUGGUUUAUAACACGGUGCAUUGUGGCACGGAGACGGGGGAGGGGGGUCCUUGUAAUGAGUAUACGGGGUUGGGGAAUGGGGGGGUUGGAUGGAGGGGGUGUGACUGGCAUGUUGUUGGGUUUGAGGUUGAUCGGUCUGCAGAUACUGAUACUGAUACUGAUACUACUACUGGUGGAGGAUGGGAAGGAGAGACGCUCAGGUGGUUUCUAGACGGGGAGCAGGUCCAUGCAGUCUCUGGAGCGGAUGUGGGCGACGAGCAGGUGUGGGCGAGUGUUGCGCAUCAGGGCCACUUUCUGCUGCUGAACGUGGCGGUUGGUGGGAAUUGGCCUGGAUAUCCGGAUGGGAAUACGCUGGAUGGUGAGGAUGUUGCGCUGGAGGUGGAUUAUGUGCGGGUUUGGAAUAGUCUUAACUAA